CCACAGCCACCACAGGUCAUGGGAGAAGAUGGUCUCGGACCAGUCCGCUUACCGGUGGAUCGCGAAUCGUACCAGUUCGAUGAUUGGACCAUCGGGUACACCAAAUCGCACAUUCUCAAAAGCGUCUGUAUCAAUGAUGAUACCUGUGUGGCCGGUGAGCCCGGCUGCUGUGAACUGUGCGUGUACAACUUUACCCUCACACUGCCACAUCUACCCGACAUGGUGUUUCACAAGAAUGUGCUCCGCAUUAGCCAUUCCUCCGGUGCACAACUCGAAUUCAAUCCACUCGACGCACUGAAGCUGGUGCGCAACGAAAAGCUCGAUCUGAAGGUGGCCUGUUCGGACGAGUGGCGCGAAAGUCGCCCGGAAGCGGCACACACGUCCGACAAGGUGAAACCCUUCGAUUGGACGUUUUCGACCGAAUACUCCGGUACGGUAAACGAUCGUUUCCGGGUCGAACCGACCGAACAGCGGAUCGACAUGUUUAAGCUGAUGCGCAAGGAGGAGAUCCUGUUUUAUCACAAUCUUACCCUGUUCGAGGACGAACUGCACGAUCACGGCAUAUCGUUGCUGUCGGUGAAGGUGCGCGUAAUGCCGUCUGGGUUUUACAUUUUAUUGCGUUUCUUUCUGCGGGUGGAUAAUGUGCUGCUGCGGAGCAACGAUACACGGUUCCACUACGAAAAGGGCAACGAUUACGUGCUGAAGGAGUUUACGCACCGUGAAGCGAAGGUGGAACAGCUGAAACAUAUACCGCCGGUGCUCUUUACCGAUCCAGAUCAAAUCGUCGAUAAGCUGCCAGUCGUACGGAAAGUGAAUGAAAAGCUCACGAUUGUAAAACCGGAAUAA